UGAUUUUGAUCGUCUCCGUGAAGAUCGUAAGCUCUGUAAAAGCUAAUUUUCCGGUGCUCGGCACAUCGUUACCUGAUAAUCGAGGGACGACAAAGGCUGAGUAGCUCAAUUUUUCUCAUAAGUAUGCAAAUCUGGCAAGAUUAGGAGCAGUCGGGCGAUCCUCGCGAGGAUGAGCGGCAGCACGGCGGAACCAAGUCGCGCCGAUCAUCGGUGAGAGUCGGUACCUAGACGACAACCCCCGGGGAUUAUACGCGCAUCCGACGAUCUGAUCUUCCGACCUCCAACGACAUCAACGAUCAGGGCUCAGGAUGCGGUGGAUCGGUUACGUGGCUGCGAUACUCUGGUGGUCGGGUAUCGCCAGGUCUCUCAGCUCCAUGAAUCGAGGCUACAAGAUAAGUCCGAAGCCGUGUCGAGUGCCGGGCCAGCCGAACGUCGAGGGCACGUGCAUGUUCGUGUGGGAGUGCAUAAAGUCCGAGGGCACGCAUGUGGGUGUGUGCGUGGACACGUUCAUGUUCGGCAGCUGUUGUAUCCACAACGCGACGUCGAACAGCGUCGGUAGUGGAGCGACGACGCACCCGGGCGGACCCGCGACGACGACGACGACAAAGACGACGACCAAGACGACGACUGCGAGGACGGGAACGUCGGCGGCCGGGUCCGCCCCCACUAGUCACGUGACGGCUUUGCAAGUCGUCUCUCAAGUUCAUCAUACGGCAUUGGGGACGACGAGGCAACCGACAAAGCCAUUAUCCCCUUCAGCUGCGUCGCGUCCACUUUUACAAAAGAGGCCCCACUUGAAACCAAAUAGUGGGAUGAAUCAGGAUUACCACAAGCAGCACAACGGCAAUAGCAGCAGCUCGCAAAUUACGCGGAAACCCCAAAGCGGAAUCGGUUCCACCUAUGAGAAGCGACCCGAGGAGGACCGACACCAUGGCAGCAAUAGCCACCACCACCAUCACCAUCAUCACGCUCACAAUCAUCAUCAUCAGCAGCAGCACUACGAUCACGGCUUCAAGGACAAAGUGUCAAGCUCGCACAACACACUGCUAGUGAGACUGCCAAGUAAGAAUAGUGUCAAUCAACAACAGCAGACCUCGUCGAGCAAAAACCAAGUGCAGCGCCCGAAUUACAGGCCGGGGCACAGACCGAAGCCCUUUCCGGAAUCUCGACCGGAGGAAGACAGCAAAACCGACGAGCAGGAGCAAGAUCUCCAUGUGCAGGAGAGCGUUCAUCGACCAAGCAUCAACUCGGUUGACGACCACGAUGUUACGGACAAGCUGAAGCAUCCCGGGCUGAACAUAAUACACACGGUGAGGCCCCAGUGGGCGACGAAACCGGCCACCUUCAUUGGCCGGCCCACGGCUUCCGAGUACCCCAAGCCGUACUUCUCGGUGAAGACGACGCAGACGAGCUCGAGCACGACGACGAAGCGCCCGCACUCCUCGAGGCCCGGUCUAGCCAAACCCACGACGUCGGCUGCUUCCGUUUCCUACUACAGUGGCCAUUCAAACAGCGCAGCCGGAUCCGCGCCCCAGAUGGCGCUCUGGCAGGUAACGACGGAGCCGGCCUUCAUCACCCGGCAGAAGCCCGUCGCUGCCUCCUCCUCAUCCUCCUCGUCACUGAAGCCCGAGGGUAGCCACGCCGCCACCUGGCCCGCCAAGCCCCAACAUCACAAGCCCCAGUGGUCGGACCCGCAGAGGCCGAGCUUCAAGCCUACAGAGCCCCAGGAGAACAACGUCUACCAGAAGCCGCACUCGGCGCACUACAUUACGACCUCGUAUCUGGAAACGCCGACGAAGGCUCGUCCAACGAAGAAGCCGACAACCUCGGCAACUACUACCUCGACCUCGGCGACAACGACAACGACGACAACGACGACGACGACGACAAGGACGACAAGGACGACGACGUCCACGACAGAGGCUACCUCGUCCUCAUCGGCGUCCUCGACGACAUCAGCGAGGACGGGCUCGAUACUAACCGUACCCGCGGCCCUCGAAAGCAGCAACAUGUCAUGCGGAGUGCCGCCCCUUUUCCCCAGGCCGGAGACGCGAAUCGUCGGGGGCAAGGAAGCGCCCUUUGGCAAAUGGCCCUGGCAAGUCUCCGUAAGGCGUACCUCCUUCUUCGGCUUCUCCAGUACGCAUAGGUGCGGCGGUGCCGUGCUCAACGAGAAUUGGAUCGCCACGGCUGGCCACUGCGUCGACGACCUUCUAACAUCGCAGAUCCGCAUCCGCGUGGGCGAAUACGACUUCUCGUCGGUGCAGGAGCGACUGCCGUACGUGGAGCGCGGUAUCACGAAGAAGGUCGUCCACCCCAAGUAUAAUUUCUUCACGUUCGAGUACGAUUUGGCCCUGGUGCGGCUGGAGACGCCGCUGAACUUCGCCCUCCACAUAUCGCCGAUUUGUCUCCCGGCGAGCGACGAGCUCCUCAUCGGCGAGAACGGCACCGUCACCGGCUGGGGCCGACUCAGCGAGGGUGGCACCUUACCCUCGAUUCUACAGGAGGUUUCCGUACCAAUCGUGAGUAAUGAUAGGUGCAAGUCAAUGUUCCUCAGAGCCGGCAGGCAUGAAUUCAUUCCCGAGAUAUUCUUGUGCGCCGGCUAUGAAAGUGGUGGUCAAGAUUCUUGUCAGGGCGACUCCGGAGGACCGCUCCAGGUUCGCGGCAAGGAUGGCCGUUACUUCCUAGCGGGCAUCAUCUCUUGGGGCAUCGGCUGCGCCGAGGCUAAUUUACCGGGAGUCUGCACGCGAAUUUCCAAGUUCGUGCCCUGGAUCCUGAAGAACGUCACAUGAGCUCGAAGCCCGCGACGCGGCAGGAGGAGCCGACCUUGAUACCGAGGAUCAACAGCAGAUAAUCGUCCGA